UAACUCAAGUUUGCAAUAAAAAAAUGUAAAUAAAUCAUUAAACAAUACGUCCAUUACAUGCUAUAUAACCUAUUUAUAUUUAUUUCAUACAUAAGACUAAAUAAAGAUUUUUGUAUUAUAUUCUAAGAUUCGUAAGUAGAAAUACAAAAGAUAUCUAUUGAUGUGGUUUAAAAAUGGAAAACAUUGUUUACCUGGAAAUCUGCUCUUAUGAAUCUAAAGAAUCUGUUCAAGUAUCCAUGUCAUUGGAAUCGUACAUAAUCUUUUGCAUUUAUAAAUUCUGUGCUCCAACUAAGGUAGACUUAUGUUUUGUCCCUGUACCAUCGUCAGAUAAUGAAGUAACACUUAGUUUCAAUGAAACACCUAAUUUUGUUAAUGUGAAAGAUGUCCCUUGGCAAGUGAGAUCAUGUACAUAUCCAGUAACUUUGUAUGGAGACACCAUUAUCACAGGUUUGUGUGCAGUGGCCAGACACAUCUGUAGUUACCGAACAAACAAACAAAGCUUAUAUGAAGAUGAAGUAGGUUUGCUUGGAUUUAGAAAGGGUUGCUUGCAGGCACCUAAUGAGGUUUCAAUAUGGACUAAAUUUUGUGAAGUAGAUCUAAUUAGAACCAUGAAAGAGUUAUUGAAUACUGAGAAAGUACUAUCAGUACCGAAAAAUAUGGUACGAUUUGAGAAUCAUCUCAAAACGCCAGUUAGAAUACACAACGUUUUUAAAGUGGCAAGAGAGUUUAAGAAGGAGUCAUUAAGAAAAAACAGUAUUGAUACAGAGGACAUAAAAGAUGUAAUGGAAUCAAAAACAGAAACUAGAACUCCAAAGAGUAGGAAAUGGAAAUCAAACCUUAAAAAACAACUUGAAGGUAUAGCCACUACAAAAAUUGAAAAUUUAAACAUCCAUCAUCAGUUUGCUGAAGGUCCCUUUCUUACAUUAGCAGACUUGAUUCUGCUCCCUUUAUAUUAUAUUGUAGAACAGGCAUUUGGAAGUAAAUUUGAAUCUGUCCUGCCAUUGACAUUUAAGUGGUAUACAAAUGUCAUAAAUAUAGCUGAAUUACAGGUAAUAAAACCUAUACUUGAUGGACUCAGAUCACAUCCAAUCGUGUUGGAAAGCUUAUCUGUACCUACAAUAGAGAAUGUCAGUCUAUAUAAAUGUGAUCCUAAAAGACAAAAUCCAAAGAGGAGAUUGUACACAAAACCUGAUGACAUAGAGAAUGCUUUGAGUGUACUUGUGGAUGGCAUGGAAUUAAAUGUUAAGAGUGUUUGUUUUGAUUCCAAUAUAAAUUGGGAUGAUAUACCUGAUGGUGCUAAUCCUACAGCCGGUCACCUACCUGAUGAAAGAGUUACUAGAAAAUCUCAGCAACUAGAAAAUCUAGCAUUAGCAGUCUUAAAGAUGGCAAGAGAUGGAGACAUUAUUGUAGACUUCUGCAGUGGCAGUGGUCAUUUAGGUAUACUAGUUGCUCACUUGUUACCUAAAUGUACAAUUAUAUUAUUAGAGAAUAAAGAACAGUCUCUUUUAAGAGCUAGAAAAAGGGUGCGCGAAAUGGGCUUAAAAAAUGUACUCUUCUUUCAAUGUAACCUAGAUUUCUUUGUGGGAAAAUUUGAUAUAGGCAUUGCUUUACAUGCCUGUGGUAUAGCAAGUGAUUUGGUUCUGGAUAAGUGUUUGAAAGUCAAUGCCAAGUUUGUUCUGUGUCCCUGUUGUUAUGGCUCCCUGCAUGCUACAGAUAGACUAGUUUACCCUAGAAGUUAUAAGUUUAGUGAUGUUACCAUCGAACAGUAUUUAUGUAUUGGCCAUGCUGCUGACCAGACACAUAAAGAACACCCAUUGACUGUCAGAGGUGCAAGAUGUAUGGCUGUUAUAGAUUCAGACAGAGGCCGUUUGGCUGAAGAAUAUGGGUACACAGUAACACUGUCAAGGCUAAAACCUCUUUCAUGUACACCUAAGAAUAAUUUGCUCAUUGGGGUCCCAGCUUGAAAAAUGAAAGAGCAAAUUAGAUAAAUCAUUUAAUUUUGUAACAAAAUUUAUAUCUAAUAAUAUAGCUAUCUGUACUAAACAAUGU